AUGACUUCGCCAUUUGUCGCCGUCGCCGGUGCCUCCGGUGGUCUAGGCCAGCUUGUCGCAAUGGCACUGAUCAAACGAGGUGUGGCCGUGAAAGCUCUCGUCCGCCCCAACACCGAUCCCUCCCGCACCCAAAAGCUCCGUGACGCCGGCGUGACCAUCGCCCCGGUGGAUCUCUCCGCGGUCCCAGCUCUGACCCGCGAACUAAAUGGAGCCAUGUGUGUCGUGUCUACGCUCCAGGGAUUGAGAGAUGUCAUCCACGGCGUUCAGGGCAAACUUCUCGAGGCCUCUGUAGCCGCAAAGGUGCCUAGAUUCAUCCCUUCGGACUUUUCUCUUGACUUCACCAAGACAAAGCCUGGAUCCAACCGCAACCUCGACCUCCGCCGCGAGUUCCAUGCCCAGUUGAAGAAGUCCGGUAUCAAAUGGACGAGUAUACUCAACGGCGGCUUCAUGGAUCUCUUGGUCGGCGACUGGCCCAUGAUCAAUCAUAAGAGCCGUAAGGUCGCAUAUAUCGGGCAGACGACACAGCUGCUCGAUUUUACUACCAUGGUGGACACGGCUGCGUACACAGCUGCUGUGGCCGCAGACCCCAACCCCACGCCCAAUUUCCUUCGCAUUGCUAGCGAUACCGUCAACGUGAAGGACAUCGCCCAGGCGCAGACCAAUGUCGAAGGUACGCAAUAUAAGCCCUCAUGGAUGGGGACCGUGGGAUCCAUGGAAUUCAUGAUUCGGGUUAUGCGUCUGUUUGGUGGUGAGAAUGAUGUAUUCCCUGCUUGGCAGGGCAUGCAGUACAUGGCGAAUAUGUUUUCUGGGGCCGGGAAACUUGACCCGCUCGAUAAUGACCGAUACCCCGACCUGACUUGGACUAAAGUGGAGGAUUUCUUCCGAGAGCAUAAGAACAAGGCAUGA